AUGGCACAGAAACAUAGUGAGGUCUUCCGUUCUACACAGCACGGUGUGGAGGGGCAGAGGGAGUGCCUUUCCCUUCACAUUGGCCAAACUGGCAUCCAGAUUGGGGAUGCAUGUUGGGAACUCUAUUGCCUGGAACAUGGAAUUCAGCCAGAUGGAGUUGUUCUUGACAGUAAACAGGAUCAGCGGGAAAAUCCUAAAAUGAAGCAUGCAAAUGCAUCUUUUGAUACCUUCUUUUGUGAGACAAGAGCUGGGAAACAUGUGCCCAGAGCACUCUUCAUGGACUUAGAGCCAACUGCUAUAGAUGGGAUCCUCAUGGGAAAAUACCGCUCACUUUUCCACCCAGAGCAGUUUGUUAGUGGAAAGGAGGAUGCUGCAAACAACUAUGCACGAGGUCACUAUUCUGUGGGCUCACAGAUCAUCGAACUUGUGGUAGAGAAGAUCCGGAAGCUGGCAAAACAGUGCAGUGGACUUCAGGGAUUUCUGAUUUUCAGAAGCUUUGGAGGAGGCACUGGAUCAGGAUUUACUUCUCUCUUAAUGGACCGGCUCUCAGAAUAUGUCAAGGAGACUAAAUUGGAGUUCUCCGUCUACCCAUCCCCUAGACUCUCCACUGCUGUAGUAGAACCUUACAACUCUGUCCUCACCACACAUUCCACCAUAGAGUACUCAGACUGUUCCUUCAUGGUGGACAAUGAGGCCAUCUAUGACAUAUGCCAGCGUAAACUUGGUGUUGAACACCUGUCCUAUGCCACCAUCAAUAGGUUGAUAGGUCAGGUGGUAUCUUCCAUUACUGCUUCCCUUCGUUUUGAAGGCACCUUGAAUGUAGAUUUAAUUGAAUUCCAGACCAACCUUGUACCUUAUCCAAGAAUACAUUUCCCCCUGACGACCUUUGCUCCCAUCAUCUCUGCAGAUAAAGCAUACCAUGAGCAGAUCUCAGUGCCUGACAUCACCUCUGCUUGCUUUGAGUUCUCCAACCAGUUGGUCAAGUGUGAUCCUCAACUUGGGAAGUACAUAGCCUGCUGCCUACUGUACAGAGGAGAUGUAGUCCCUAAGGAUGUGAAUUCAGCAAUUGCAGCGAUGAAGUCAAAGGGCUCUAUUCAGUUUGUAGAUUGGUGCCCAACUGGUUUCAAGGUGGGCAUCAACAGUCAGCCACCUAUGGUGACACCAGGAGGGGAUCUAGCCCAGGUCCAGCGAGCUGCCUGCAUGUUGAGCAACACAACAGCAAUUGUGGAGGCGUGGUCCCGCCUGAAUCACAAGUUUGACCUCAUGUAUGCCAAGAAGGCAUUUCUGCACUGGUAUAUCACAGAAGGCAUGGAACAAGAGGAAUUCUCAGAGGCCAGAGAAGAUUUGGCAGCUCUGGAAAAAGAUUAUGAGGAAAUGGGAAUAAGUUCUGAUGCAAAUUAA